UCACGCACGCGCAAUCCCUCCCGCCUCCCGCGCCGCUGCCGCCUAGUCCACCAGCUCGUCUGCUCUCGCGCGCACGGCUAGUCGACGCGACGCCAGAGCGCCCGGCCACGCUGCCGCGGCUCCGGCAGGCCCAUACUAUAGAGUACGGUUUAGCUGACAGCCUCUUCAAUUGUGACUCCCCCUUCACGGUGUCCUGCCCUGUGGGCUUCAGAGCCAUGGCCACAGAGGAGAAGAAGCCAGAGACAGAGGCUGCGAGAGCACAGCCCACUCCUUCCUCAUCAGCCACACAGAGCAAGCCCACACCUGUUAAGCCAAACUAUGCCCUGAAGUUCACCCUGGCUGGCCACACAAAAGCUGUGUCCUCUGUGAAGUUCAGCCCCAAUGGGGAGUGGCUGGCAAGUUCAUCUGCUGAUAAACUCAUUAAAAUUUGGGGAGCAUAUGAUGGAAAGUUCGAGAAAACUAUAUCUGGUCAUAAACUGGGAAUAUCUGAUGUAGCUUGGUCAUCAGAUUCUAACCUCCUUGUGUCUGCCUCUGAUGAUAAAACUUUGAAGAUUUGGGACGUGAGUUCCGGAAAGUGUCUGAAGACCCUAAAGGGCCACAGUAACUACGUCUUCUGCUGCAACUUCAACCCCCAGUCCAACCUCAUCGUCUCAGGGUCUUUUGAUGAAAGUGUGAGGAUAUGGGACGUGAAGACAGGGAAGUGCCUCAAGACUUUGCCUGCUCAUUCUGACCCAGUCUCAGCCGUUCAUUUCAACCGUGAUGGGUCAUUGAUCGUUUCCAGUAGCUAUGAUGGCCUCUGCCGAAUCUGGGACACUGCCUCUGGCCAAUGUCUGAAGACGCUCAUUGAUGAUGACAAUCCUCCAGUGUCUUUCGUGAAGUUCUCUCCAAAUGGCAAAUACAUCCUGGCUGCAACUCUGGACAACACACUGAAGCUCUGGGACUACAGCAAGGGGAAGUGUCUGAAGACAUACACUGGCCACAAGAAUGAGAAGUACUGCAUAUUUGCCAACUUCUCUGUGACAGGUGGCAAGUGGAUCGUGUCUGGUUCUGAAGAUAACCUAGUGUAUAUAUGGAAUCUGCAGACCAAGGAGAUUGUGCAGAAGUUGCAGGGUCACACAGAUGUUGUGAUCUCCACGGCUUGUCACCCAACAGAGAACAUCAUUGCCUCAGCAGCGUUAGAGAAUGACAAAACAAUCAAACUGUGGAAAAGUGACUGCUAAGUCCUGCCUCCAUGGGAGGGAGACUUCAGGAAGCCACCUGGACUGGCAAGAAACACAUGCGUGGCAGAGGCAUGGGACCAGGCUGGGUUGACAGGCCUGGUGCACCUACUGUCUGAAAAUGUUGGGUCAGGGGAGUGUACACUACCGAGUCUUGAUAGCCACUGUGAUAUUUCUUGCCAAUUCUGUCUCUGCCUGAGGAAGUUCCUGGUCUGUUCUGUGCUCAGAGGCAACAAAUUUUUAAUUUUUUAUUACAGGAGUGAGUUCAACUCCUCAUGGGUUGUUUUUCUCUGUACUUGUUGUUUUUGGUAUUGUAUUGCCCAGUGCACACACUGGAACAGAACCUACAGCCCUCCUCCCAUUCCCUGCCUCCAGCCCUGGCCUGCUUGUUCAAGUUCCCUGCCUGUACUAGUAUGCAGUGUGCUUCCAUGAGUCUCUGGAAACACAGAAAGGUUGUUAAGUUGUAUCCGUAUCAAGUCCCUUUGUUUUUUUGGAGUUCAUAGGUCAACACUGAUCUCAGUGGUUACAGUGUCUCCUUGUCUCACUGAUAUCACUCAGUAAGCUACAAACACUGUAAUAAAAGGUGGGUAUGGACUGGGUGUGGCCCUGAGUUCUGACCACAGCUCUUCCACACCUGGCUUUUAGAAAGCUCCUCCCUCCUGGCAGGAGUUGGCAAGGUCUCUGGGAGGAUGGAUCUUUGCUGUGCCUUCUUCCCAGUGGCUGCUGUGGGUACUAUGUGUUGCCAGAGGAAGAACCUCAGUUGAGAGAGUGGAAGUAAGUCUUGGAAAGGCACCAUGUAGUGAGGUUCUGGACCUCUUUAUUUCGUGUGAGGCUCAGGGUCACCUGCGCAGGAGGGAGGAGUUCAAUUUGGUGCUUGCCCCAGCAGGUACAGCCUCCUGCCUUGGCCUCUAAACCCACGAAACUUCUCUUAGCCCCUUCCCCAAAUGGAUCCUCAGGUGACCAGGACUGGAAAGAAGUGAUGGCCAAGCUCUGAACUGCACAACAUUUUCACAACUGCUGCUGGCGAACCCAGGGUGACCUAGUAUGGAGCAGACUGCAGAGGUUCUGAGUCCAGAUGGGUGGGUGAGGCUGCUGGGGACAGGCACGGGUGGAAAGGAGAUUCUGGGUUUGCUCUGGUUGCUGCAGCUUAUGUAUUGAAGCUAGGUCACCCUGUUCUACUCUGCCUUUGCUGAGGCAUGUCCCCAGCUGUGGGCCUGAUAGCCUGUCCUCCACUCCAUCGAGGCACAAUAAAAAUCCAAAGGUGUUGGGAAAGGAACCCACAUACAUUGUCCUUUCCUUGAGGGAGAGAGAUGAUGGGCUUCACAUCGUAGAAGCCAUUGUUAAAGAAAGAGGGUGGCUUGUCACACUGACAGGGUUCUGGGGCCCCUAGCAUCUGUUGGAUGGAUGUGCCUGGGUUCUGGUCAAUGUUGUGGGCAUGUUGCUGGGGUUUCUGGAGGGGUGUUGUGGUCCUUCCAGCUGUGGCCUGGUGUGCAGCCCCCUCCUGAGGGAGGGAGCUUGCUUGCCAUGUUGAGCGCAGAAUCCCCAAGUAUAGUUUAUUUUUUCUACAGUUGAACUCUGUUGUAGAUUUAUGUAAAAAUACAUUCUCUUUUUAAAAAUAAAGAUUUUCAUGUCUUGUAA